AUGACGCGUAGCAAGGUUCAGUCUCGCAGAGGCAAGCAACAAAAAGGGGCCGUCGUGAUUUCGCUUUUUGAAGAUGUUCCUCGUACCUCGAGUUCCUGGCCGGCCGAGAUACCGGCCUCUAUGACCCAUGUCUAUCGAGUCAACGCCCUCAACACUGAUAUCGACGGUGUCAGCCCAUUCGCGUCUACCGGUCCUCUGGAAAUGUUCGAGCACAUGUUUCAACUGGAGGGCACUCGUGGCCGCAACAUGACGAAGUCAGCUGACGACGACGGUUCAGAGCUCCUGCCAUCCCAUGGUGACACCCAAACUUCCCUGAACAUGCCCUACGACCCGCAAGAUCGCGUUGGUCUGCAUGAUGCAUUGUUGGCUGUAUACACCCAGGCCAGUCGCUCGAUACACUGCGAAGCUGACAAUACUCAGCAUCAACAGACUCGGCCGACCCCUCUCACGGAUGGCCUAGCUAGUGCUCGCACCAGCUCUGGCGGACAUCACCUUCGUUGGCAUCAUCAGUUUUCUGUGGCAGCUCCAGGUUGUGCACCUUCUCGGUCUCUAUCGCCGGACCAUACAGGUUCAUCCGCAUCUAUCAGCAUGUCUCGCAGGUCUAGCCUUGCUACGGUGGAACUAGAAAGCUCUCGAGGUCCUUCUCCGGUUUCUCAAGGCAGCUCCAUGUCCUCAAUCGAUGCGCCAGAUCCCACAUAUCGUCCUGUUUCUCUUGGGUGCACACCUUCGCUCGACGACGCAUAUAUGUACUCAAGCGCCAAUGCAUUGCCUUUCGCGCAUCCUCUAUUACCUCAACAGCCGUAUCAUCGACCUCCGAGCUUGUAUGUCCAUCAACCUACUUUGUAUCGGCGUCCGGCACACCUCAGCUACCAAGACUGCGGUACCAUGCAGCGCCCUAUGCAACUCGGUUCGCAGCACUUGGACUACCCUCCGGAUAUUCGUGCACAGUCUCCCACGGAAGUGGCUCACGAAGCGGCAGUACACCAUGUCGUUAACGCUCCAGCGAGUAUCUCCUGCCAAGAGCAAGCCGGUUCGAGUCCCAGGCAUGCUCCUCUCGUCCAACAAGACAUACAACGUACGAAUCAGCCUGCCGUAAUUCCUGUGUUAUACCCUCUGCAUUCCGGCUCUUGGUAUACUUCGGACGGGUUUCUCUCUCGCGAUCAGCGUACUGGCACCCUUGAUAGCUGGAGACCUCACUCUGUGGCCAGCAACUGUCAUCAACUUCCCGUGUUAACCCCUUCUCAGGCUUUCAAAGACUUCAUGGCAGAUCUCGGCCGUCCAGCCCAGCACUCCACAUCCUCGCAGCCUCUUCUUCCUCCUGUUCAUGCGCCGCCGCUUCACUCCGUUCGGCCCCAUGGUUUCAGCUUUUCUGUACCUUUACGACCUUCCGCUGGAUAUCAAAACGUGCCCAAAGAACGAGACUGGACUGCCCACUUCGAAGCCCUUGGACGGAAAGGUAGGAAGAAGAGGAGCUCGAGGAAGCAAAAUGGCCAGAACGAAGAGUCCGAAGCCGGGCAAGUUGAGACGUAUCAAUGCCCGAUGUGCGACCGCAAUUUCGGGCGCCGUAAUGGUUUGGCCAUUCACAUGAAGUGGCACUAUAAGGAAAGAGAUGAGGAUUCAUACUUCAGGGGGCUUGGAAUAGCUAUCCCGCCUCUGAACAUCCCACGUCGGAUUCAUGGUCUCUCAAGUGCGGCUAUUGCACAGCCGCCCCACGUCUCCCAAAUGGCUGCUGCUUCCGAAAUCGCACCCAGCGGUUCGACAUCCAGCAAUCACACAUCCCCGCCGAUGGGCAGUUUGCUUUAUCCCGAGACAGACGCUCAACCGACGAGACCGUUGUCGGCCAGUACAACGUUGCUCUCCAUCAGCACGAUGGACUCUCUGCCUGGACCGAUAACGCCUCUCGCGACGCCGCCGCCUAGUCCCGGAGGCUCUCGCGUGUCGUCGCUCGUGCGUCUCAGCGUGGCGGACAUCCUGAGUGCCCGUGGCGGUCGCUUGAGGUCGGAAAGCACCCGCUCAAUGUGGGACUUGUUCGGCUCCGACGACCAGGAAUCUCGGUGA